UCCGGUGGAACUUACUUUUGGUGAAAAGGCGGAAUCAGCUUUGAAAGGCGGAAUCAAAAAAGAUAAGACCAUAUAUGUAUAACAGUUUGAUAUUGUAUAAAAAGGGUCCAAUAUCUUGAUUGAAUGGGUUUGAUAUAGUCCAUACUACAACAACUACCAGGAUCAUGACUACUGAAAAUCCAUUAAAGAUUGUUGAUAUCUCUGAAAUCAACCAAUCAACAGCUGAGGAAUUAUAUGAUGCAGCCACAAGUCAAGGUUUCUUAUUUGUGGAAGGACAUGGUUUCAGUCAAGAUGAAAUCGAUACUGUUUUUAAACUUUCUAAACAAUUCUUUGAAUUGGAUAGUUCAUACAAGACUAAAUAUGCCAUUGAUUCUUCAAAUCAUGGGUAUGCUGAUUUUGGAGGGGAGAAUUUAGAUCCUAAAGGUCAAAAGAAAGGUGAACCAAAGGAAGCUCUUAAUAUUACAGAUUUGAAUUUCUUAACUGGUAAGUCUUCUAAGGAAAUCCCUGAUUGGUUUUAUGAAGACCCAGAAAGAGAAAGAAUAAUAUCAGAUAUUGUGGGAAGAUUUUAUGAAUUAUCCAUUAAAAUCCUUAAAUUAUUAGCCAUUGGACUUAAAAUUGAUGAUUCAGAUGAAGUUAAAGGUGAAGAUUGGUUUCAAUCUCGUCAUAGUCCUUCUAAAGUAUCAGGAUCGACUUUAAGAUUCUUACAUUAUCCUGGUCAAAAGAGUUUAAAUCCCGAAACAGUGAUUAGAGCUGGUGCUCAUACUGAUUAUGGGUCAGUUACAUUAUUAUUCCAACAAGAAAAUCAAGAAGGAUUAGAAAUUUAUUCUCCUAUUAGUAAACAAUGGGAACCAGUUCCCUUUGUUGGAGCUGAUAAAUCGAAAUCCACCACUGCAGGUCCACCAUUAGUUGUAAAUAUUGGUGAUAUAUUAAGUUAUUGGACAGCUGGUGUAUUAAAAUCAACUAUUCAUAGAGUUAAAUUCCCUGCUAAAGUUCAAAUCACAGGUCAAGAUCGUUAUUCGAUUGUAUUUUUCAGUCAACCAAAUGAUGAAGCUUUAUUAGAACCUGUUCCAAGUGCGGCAGUUAAAUCAAUUCAAAAUAGAGGUGCCAAUAAUGCAGUAACUCAUAUUACUGCAAAACAACAUCUAGAUAAUAGAUUGGCUGCUACUUAUGGUUGGACUAAGUAAAUGUAAUUAUGGAGACAAGAUGCGCUUUUGUCCUUUAUAUAGUGUGAAUCAAUAUAAGAAUUAUUUAUUACAAGACAACCUCUUUCACUGUAAUGGUUUAUUUUGAUGUGGUUGGACUUAGAUCAUCAUCUCUCCAUCUCCACAUAUGAGAUCAUAUAUACCCCAUGUUCGUUCAAUAUAUACUAUGGGGAGAUUCAGUAUUAAAUGUUCGUUGCAUUUGGGGUCGGCUUUUUGCACAAAAUGAACUUCCUAAUUGGGUAUACGAUUGCGUUCUUCAGAUAAGCGCGCGGUAACACUCCAAAUAAGGUCAAAUUAUACUUUCAAGGCAAAGAUGACUUGGUGAUAGAUAUUGUUUAGAUCAUUUCUACUUCUUCUUCUUCUUGGUGUUCCAAUUUAGUGUGGUAUCUCUAUGCCAAAUCAAUAUUAAAUGUCCCAAUUA